ACUAAAAUUAAUUUUCGCGCCUUAAUUUUUAAUUUUUCGGAUUAGUUUUUUUUUUUUUUUAUUUAUAUUCUCUCACUUCUUUUUUUUGUUGAAUUUUAGGAAAUUGGAAGAGUAUGAGCUAGCUUGGAAUAAGUGGAGAAUAUUCUUGGAGUAUUGGAAGCUUGCUUGGGUAACUUGUAUCUCUCUCCUAUUUCAAUUUAUUUUAUUUAGAAAAUCACAAAAAAAUUGAAAAUUAAAAAAAUCACAAACAAAUUAAAAAUUUUAAAAUCCAAAAAUAUUAGAUAGAAUUACAUAUGUGUUGCAUCAUGCAUUUAAUCACUUAGGGCACAUCAUCUAGUUUUUAAUUUUUGUUUUUAAAUUUUCGUACCUUAAAUUGUGGUGAUCGCUGGAGGACCCCAAGGUACGUUAAUUUCUUUCUUUCUCUAGAUUAGGACACGUAGUUUAAGAAUCCAUAGUUGUUUAUCGCUUUAAUUAUCUCGUUGUGUGGUGCAUCAUUUUAAAUAAAUCUUAAGGGCAAAACCCACUCACAAGAUAAGGGAAGGGAUUUCAUCACUCUUUCCUUGGCCCACAACGACCUAAUUUCUUCAUUUGCAUUUACCUAGCCUUUAAUAAAAUUGGAUUAGACAUUAGCCCCUAGGUUUCGCGCUCAAUUAAGAAGGUACCUAAAAAACGAGGUAAUCUUUAAUUAUUCCGACUUUUCGGUGUCUAAGGCAAGCGAAAGCUUACCUGGCCGAUUAAGGUUUGGUGUCUAAGCGCGGAGAUUGGCCUCUUGGCAAUGCCUGCUCCAAACUGGCCAGACCGGUCCGAAUAAUUUUGGAUUUAUCGAGUUUUUGGUGGUCCUUAACGUUAGGAGCAAGGUCUAGUUUAUUUUUAUUAGGGAACCCUAGAAUUAAGUUUUUUUUUCACUUUUACACCCUUUCUUUUGUUUGUUUUAAUUCUUCGCACUUAUUUGCUACGUGUUUACUAUCUAGUUUAUGCGAACUACUUGGGUUAGGAGCGAAUCGUCUAGAUUAGUUAGACCGAUCAUCGAAAUUCCUUCUUCGUCCUCUUCGGACUCCGAACCCAUAGAAGCUAGCGAACCGAUAGUAAACAUGGCGUUGUCUCUUAAAGACCGUUGUUACCCUUCCCGUUCCGCUCAACCAUCAUGCAUCACCCUUCCUCCCGUUAAUGGGAACAAUUUCGAGAUUAAGGCACAUCACAUUAGCAUGUUGCCUAAAUUUUUAGGGAGUGAAGGUGAGGAUCCCUAUCUUUUUAUCCAAGAAUUUGAGGAGGUUUGCGGUUUGCAAAAACUCCAACAAUUGAGCGAAGAUUCCAUUCGGCUUAGACUAAUCAACUUUGCUUUAAAAGAAAACGCUAAAAAAUGGUUGUAUAGUCUUCCCGUCAAUUCUAUUUCCACUUGGGAGGGAUUUGUGGUAAAUUUUCUUAAAAAGUAUUUUCCAAACCAUAAAACAACUCGAAUUACAAAUGAGAUAAACCAAUUCCAUCAAAGGGAAAAUGAGUCUUUUUGGAAAUUCUUUGACCGUUUCAAAAAUCUUUUAUCACAAUGCCCCCACCAUGGAAUAGAGAAAUGGAGACUUUGUAAGAUUGUGUACGAGGCCUUAGAUAGUCAAACCACCGCUUUAUUAGAGUCUAUGUGCCAAGGCAAAUUCAUGGAGAAAGAUGAGGACCAAGGGUGGGAAUUUUUCGAGGACUUAGCCGAGAAAACAAUGUUAUGGGAGUCUACUAGGGAACCUAAAAAAUCGAUCGAGGCGUCUAGCUCUAGGGGUCUGCACUCGAUAGGAAACAAUGUGGCAACUGAUGCCAAAUUAGCAACCCUUACUAAGAGACUCGAAGCUUUAGAGUCUCAUAGUGGCCCCUCAUCUAUGUCUAUGUUCCCGAACUAUAAUGCUCCCCAUCCCGAGAUCCAACAAUCUCAUGAUUUUGAGCAAGUGAACGCGAUGUUCCAACCCAAGCCUAGAAAUGACCCGUUUGCACCAACCUACAACCCUGGGUGGAAGAAUCACCCGAAUUUCUCGUGGAACCAAGGUCAAAACUUUCAAACUCCACAACCUAAUUUUCCUAGGCCCAAUCCCAAUUCUUUUCCGAAUUAUCAAAACCCGAGUCAAGCUCCGUUAAAUCCUCCCGGUUUUAAUGAUUCGGAUAAGAGACUCAAUUCCUUAGAAAAGAGCAUAGAGGCCUUAGUGAAAUCGCAAACUAACUUGACCCAAUCCCAACAAACUUUCAUGCAAACUUUAACUCAAGAUAGGCAACUUUUGCAUUCUAAUGUGCAAGCCGUCUCUAAGUUAGAGUCCCAAUUGAGUCAAUUAGCAAGCACGUUGUGUGAACGAGAAAAGAACAAAUUCUCGAGCCAACCCGAGGUGAACCCGAAAUUUCCUCUUAAUCAAAGACCCCCGGAUAAUGUGCAUUCGGUCAUUUCUCUUAGGUCGGGAAAACAAGUUGAUACCCAAGUUGGUGAGAACCUCGGUAAGAAAGGGGAUUCGACUUCUAACCAAAGUCCACCCCGCACUACCAUUAAUCAUGACAAACCCGAGUGUUCAAAAGCCCGUGAGGAGUCGAGUGACCCAAACCCGGAACCCGAGUUGCAAAGUGAAGUAGUCUAUAAACCGAGAGUCCCUUACCCACAAAGACUUAUUUCACCUAAGCAAUCGGCUCAAAUGGAGAAGAUUUUGGAAGUGUUUAAGCAAGUCAAGGUCAACAUACCCCUUUUAGAUGCAAUUCAACAAAUUCCUUCAUAUGCUAAGUGUCUUAAGGAGUUAUGUACCCAUAAGAGAACCAACCAUGUUCCUAAGAAAGCUUUCCUUACGUCUCACAUUAGUUCUAUUCUCUCAAACCAAAUUCCCGUGAAAUACAAGGACCCCGGUUGUCCUACAAUUUCAUGUGUCAUAGGAGAAACUUUUGUGGAUAAGGCGUUACUUGAUUUAGGGGCUAGUGUUAAUCUCCUUCCAUAUUCUGUCUACCAAGCCUUAGGUUUAGGGGAGCUCCGACAAACCAAUGUCACACUUCAAUUAGCCGAUCGAUCCGUGAAAAUUCCUAAGGGAAUGAUCGAAGAUGUGCUAAUUAAAGUAGGUGACUUUGUGUUUCCCGUAGAUUUCGUCGUCCUAGAGACCGAACCGGUUAGAAACCCGAAGAAUCAAAUUCCCAUCAUCCUAGGACGACCCUUUUUAGCUACAUCCAACGCUUUGAUUAAUUGUAGGAACGGCUUAAUGAAGCUAACAUUUGGUAACAUGACAAUCGACCUCAACAUAUUUCAUGUAGGGAAACAAUCCGAUGAUUUCUAUGAUCAACAUUUGGACGUUAAUCUAAUUGAUGAAAUAGUUGAUCAAGAUCUCAUGAAUCCUAAAGAUGCCCUUGAAUUUUGCUUAAAACAUUUUGGAGAGGAUUGGGAUGUUUCCGACUACACACAUGAGGUCAACCAAAUGUUAGAAUCUACCAUUCCUACAACGAAUCAAGAGCGUGAUGUUGAACCCGAGCAUUUGCCUUUACCUAAGAAAACCGUUGAGUCACAACCGCCGGAGUUAGAACUUAAACCUCUUCCCGACACUCUUAAGUAUGCUUUUCUAGGCCCUAACGACUCGUAUCCUGUUAUCAUUGCCUCUAAUUUGACUACGUCACAAGAGGGUGACAUUCCCUCGACAUGGUCCAAAAAUGAUAAAGCCAAGUUCUUUUCUCAAGUGAAACAUUUCUUUUGGGACGACCCUUACCUCUUUAAACAUUGCCCCGAUCAAAUCAUUAGGAGGUGUGUCCCAAAUAACGCCUUAUGGGCCUAUCGGACCGCCUUUAAGACCGUCUUAGGAAUGUCUCCUUAUAGACUCGUGUAUGGUAAAGCUUGCCAUUUGCCGGUUGAGCUAGAGCAUAGGGCCAUGUGGGCCAUUAGAGAAUUAAACUUCGACUUAUCCACCGCCGGUAGUCAUCGGAAGUUACAAUUGACCGAGUUAGACGAACUUAGGAACGAUGCCUACGAAAAUGCCAAAAUUUACAAAGAGAGAACCAAGGCCUUCCAUGAUAAAACUAUUUUGAGAAAAUCAUUUUCUCCCGGCCAAAAAGUUCUUCUCUACAACUACAGGAGAUCAGAUUUUUUGCCGCCUGUAGUAGGAUAUGAAAGCGGAACUGGGGAAGCUCAAGGGCUGGACUAUUUAGAACUCCAAUAA